AUGUCACCUGCAACCAACAUAGGCCAGUUCCGUGAAACUUUGCACGGAGCAUGGCGCCUCGCUUCCCAAGCCUCUGUCUCUACCACGAAUCCGCAGCAUAAAUCCUACUUACUCGGCCCCACCGCGACCGGCUUCAUCCUCUACACGCCUGACGGGCACAUGACGGCCACUGCAUCCGCCAACUUACCUCCUAUCGAGACCGUCAAUCCCGCGGCGGGACUGGCUUCACUGCUCUCGGAUGCCGAGGCUGCCGCGUGUGCGCGGAGUUAUAUUUCGUAUGCGGGAGGGUUUGAAUUGAGAGAGAUCAGUAAGGAAGAAGAUGGGGAGAAGUGGGCGGGAGAGAAGGAGAAGGCUAUGAAGGACCAAGGUGUUUGGCUGGGGAUGCUUGUGCAUAUUGUGGAGUGUAGCUUAUUUCCGAAUUGGGUCGGGACAAGGCAGCAUCGUAUUUGUUCGAUCGAUCGGGAAGGAGUGUUGACGCUGACGGCCAGGGAGGGGACUGACAAGGACGGAGAAACUUUCAGAGCCAUUGCGAGAUGGAAGAAGGCAUGA